GACCCUUUGAUAAACGGCUCUUUUGAAGAGGCUGUGGAUUUCAUACCAUUUACCUUCUCGGAUUCGGACGGAGAGUCAAGUCAUGACAAGGAGAAGGAUCGACAGAAUGAACGUGAGUGGGAUCGGGGCAAGAGGGAUCAGGGAAGGGACGACGUCAGACAUAGAACGAAGAGGAAGCAUGAUCUUCUGUUCGAUUUCGAUGACGGCUACGCCAAUAAGAAACAGCGGUUGGAUGCAUCGUCAAGGAAGGCUCCUUGGGUUACCGGGAUAGAUUGGGACAAGCACAAGAAUGUCGCCGAGAUGUUGCAUGCCGAAGUGAAGGCUUUUGUCCAUUGGAUAUCACCGUCGCCAGUAGAAGAUGAAGUUCGAGGUUUAAUUGUGACACAGAUUUCCAACACCGUGAAAGCCUCUUUUCCAGAUGCUCGAGUGCUACCGUUCGGAAGCUAUGAGACAAAAUUAUAUCUACCCCUAGGUGACAUUGACUUGGUAAUUUUAUCAGAUUCAAUGGCAUAUAGCAAUAAAGUCAAUGUACUUCAUGCCCUCGCCAACACAUUGAAACGCAGCGGGGUUACUUCGCAUGUCACUAUCAUCGCCAAAGCCAAAGUUCCCAUCGUCAAAUUCGUCACCACGCACGGCCGCUUCCAUGUCGACAUCAGCUUAAAUCAAAGCAAUGGCCUGCUAUCGGGGAAAAUUAUCAACGGGUUUCUGAAGGACAUGCACGGAAACGGCGCUGAAGGCAAAGGCAGCAUGGCCUUACGAAGUCUCGUCAUGGUUACGAAGGCGUUUUUGACUCAGCGAAGCAUGAAUGAAGUUUAUACAGGGGGUCUUGGGAGUUACAGCAUAGUUUGCCUGGCGGUCAGCUUCCUGCAGAUGCACCCCAAAAUACGGAACGGUGAAAUUGAUCCAGAGAAAAAUUUGGGCGUGUUAGCGAUGGAAUUUUUCGAGCUUUAUGGGUGCUAUUUCAAUUACGACGAAGUGGGCAUUUCGUUAAGGGACGGAGGGAUGUACUUCAGCAAACGGAAGAGAGGAUGGUACGAUUAUGACAGGCGGGGUAUCUUGUCUUUGGAAGACCCCGCUGACCCAUCCAACGACAUCUCCAAGGGCUCGUAUGGCUUCCACAAAGUUCGAACCGCUUUCGCUGGCGCUCAUGGGAUUCUUACUUCAACGGCGUAUCUACGAGCUGGUAUGAUU